GACAGCGCCACCACUUACUAGCAGGUAAAUGAGAGGUACCUCAGGCCGGCAGUCAAUGAAGCACUGCUCAAGAGACUCGAUGAUCUCAAGAUCAACCCAUCGCUCUGCAUUCGCCGUCCGUCCAUCGUUGAAAACUAAUCGACUCGGACUCAGGGAUCGCUCAUUCAAUUGACACAUGGACACUUUUACAGGAUAUGAACUGGCAUAUGAACUGUCGGCUAUUGCUGUCGGCGCGUCUAGCGUGCACCGUGUUGGCCAUCCAGCCGUGCCAGAUAGUGACAUCGUCGUAUAUGUUGCCCUCCGUCUUCAGACGUGCGAUAAUCCGCGCCGGGAAAACGCCGCCUCAAGCCUCGCGCUUGCCUCGAGUUAGCGACAUGUGCAAUUCCGAGUCGCGACGGGGGAAUGCCGGAUCCCGACAGCGCCCCUUUCCCACUGGCGCAUACCUCUACCGGGAUGCUGGGCAGGCGUUCCGUAUCAAGCCGCCCGCGUCGACAUAUUCACCUCUUCGUCCUGGAUCAAUGUCACAAGGGAUGGGAUACGCCCUCGAUCAUCGUCUGAGCGUUGCCAAAGUCAGCCAGAAGGUCACACAUAUGAAUUCAUCGUGUACAUGGUGCGGCGCCGCUGGAACCUGUCUGUAUCCUUCACGGACUUUCAUAUCUGCCUCAUGUUGGCCCUACCGGCGAAUGCGCGCUUGGACACCGUCGCCCCCGAGUCGCCUACUGUCCCUCCUAGCUGGAUACGGAAUCCAUUGACCUCCACCCGCAGAGGAACAAUGGCGAGCCCUUUCUUCUGUCGUCGACGCCACUCACAGUCUGCAAGCAGUAUAUUAAGCGAUGGGGACUUGCAUGUCCGGCAG